AUGACCAUCACUAAAACCAAGCAUAACUUUCGAGUUAUCAUCAGUGGAGGAGGUGUCUGUGGACUCGCAUUGGCAAAUAUUCUUGAGCGUGGGCAGAUUGCGUACACACUAUUGGAAAGUAACAGCGAGCCCGCACCACAACUUGGGGCUUCGAUUGCUAUCAAUGCAAACGGGUUUCGAAUACUCGACCAGCUGGGCUGCUAUGACCUGAUUGAAUCUCAGACCGCGCCAUUCGACUAUCUUUGCACCUACUUACCCGACGGGACAAAACAGAGGAGUAACAAUGGACCGCUUCUAAUCCACAAAAGGCUUGGCUACCCAUUUACCAUGAUGGAGAGAAGGUUUCUCCUCCAGACCAUGUACGAAUAUAUCCAAGAUAAAAGCAAAAUACUUCUCAACAAAAGGGUCAGCCGGGUCGACCAAGCGCAUGACGGAGUGACGGUGCACUGUACAGAUGGCACUAGCUACAGUGGAGAUGUUGUUGUUGCCGCAGAUGGUAUUCGAAGUACAGUUCGGGAGGAAAUGUGGCGACACAUGAGUCUUGAGCUUGAGCAGCUUGCAAACUCUGAAAGAUCAGCCAUGUCUUCAUCAUACAGGGCAAUGUAUGGAAUAUCAACCCAGACAAAAGGCUUUACGGGUGGUACUUUCAACCAGAUAUUGGGAUAUGGACACUCCAUGCUAUGGAGCAAUGAAAAAUCCGGACGAGUAUUCUGGUUCCUGUUCGAGAAGAUGGACAAACGAUACAAACACCCCAAUAUCCCAAGGUUCACGGAUGAUGAUGCUGAGACACUAGCUCGUCGCUACCUUCACAUUCGUCUGUCGGAGACACACACAUUUGCUGAUCUUUGGAAGAACCGCGUCAGCUUUAAGUUGGUUGCACUGGAGGAGGCAUUACACAAGAAAUGGACGUGGGAAAGAUUUGUGUGCGCGGGAGACUCGGCACACAAGUGGACGCCCAAUAUCGGUGCUGGAGGUAAUCAUGCGAUCGAGAGUGCUGCGGCUCUUGCUAAUGAACUCUACAACCUUGCGAAGUUUCCUGAAUCACCUACACUGGGUGAUAUCGAAUCAGCUUUGACUGGCUAUCAUCUAAAACGCAAUGUAAGAGCUAAGAGAACGUUCAGAGUGUCCAAUAUGGUCACGAGGUUGGAAGCACUGAGGUCCAAAAAGGGACAGUUCUACGCUUUACACAUCCAACCGAGACUUGGUGACUGGCUCGGCAACAUUAUGAGCAUGGACCUUAUCGGUGCCGAAAUGGUGAAGUUUUUGCCCGUCCCUCAGAAAUCCCUAGUGGGAACAAUGGGAUUCAAUCCGGAUUUCUCGAACGGAUAUCCCACAAAGACGAAACCUAGAAUACUGCUGGCACUCCCGCUAUUGAUGAUUGCCGCACUCUCGCACAUUAUCCUUUCAGGUAUCCUCUCAUCUGACUCACUAUCGUCUGACCUCUCACGAGCUGUGAGUAGCGGCAGCGUCCAGUUCGCCGAGAGUAGCUGGGAACUUCCAACAAACAGGGCACCUUUCAAUAUCCUUGCCUCAGUUUUCGCCCCGUCGUUACUCAACAUUGAUUCUCUACAAUAUCUCCAAGCUUUCAAUUUCCUUGUCGAGUUAACUCCAAUAUGGCUCAUCUGGAUAUUCGAGAGCUAUAGAAGAGCGAACACAGUCAAGGCCAUCCGAUUACUGCUUGUCUUUGGUAUUGCGUUUCAGUUCUUUGGAAUCGGUGCGAUUGGCCCAGUCUGGUUUGCCCUGCACUAUAUCCAAAGUCCGCUCGACAGUUUCGUCGCGCGCGACUGGCGAAUGAUUAACGUGGCGGUCGCGAAAACAGCCCUUGUCGUUGUUCUCACAGUAUUGACGGUCCCGACCUUCAUGAUGUACCUGCUCCCGGAUCACAAUUCUCGCUUGACGGUCAACAUCGUAUGGCAAGCUUUCCCAAUCACUACAUCUGUCCUCCUUCAUGUCAUCCGCAAGUUCGUUGUGCAGGAUACCACGCAAAAGGAUAUAACCCAAAAUGUUGGUGCGGAUCUACGUUCAGUUCGAACUAGCAUAAUGCUUGCAGCAACACUAUCAGCCCUAUGCUUCAAUUUCAUACGGUGGACAGCUGCCGGCAAGUUCUUCAGUAUCUUCGUACCACAGUGGUCCCAAGUGGGGGCAGCUUUAUCAUGGCAGCCAUUGAAUGUGGACUUGGUCAGCGGCAUGAGACUGUUCUUCCAGGUCGAUGAGCUUUCUGUCUUUUUGGCAGCCUUUUGUUGGUCCGCUUUGCUGCUACAUGACUUGAGAAGGGAAAGCAUGACCGGAAUCAGCUGGUCGACAGCAAUCGUGGUGGGCAUAGCUGCAACCUACUUAGUAGGCCCUGGGGCUUUCAUCGCUUGUUUCUGGCUCUGGAGGGAGGAAAUAAUCGCAAGUAAGACUUUAAAGGGCACUAUCGUUGCACAAAUCAAAUGA